AUGGCUAAAUUGUGGCUCCUAGACUCUCCUUAUGCAAAGGCAUUUCACCUUAUUCAAGAAUAUUAGAAAUACUAAUAUAUUAGUCUAAAUGAAAAAUCUCUAAUUAAGGGUAAAAUUAUAUAUAUAAUUUUCAGACUUAAUAAUUCGAAAAGAUGCUUCAGCUUCUAAUUUACUAGGUUCAAGGAGCGAUUUGGAGAUUAGAGAAAAUCUAUAAAAAUUAAUUAAAACAAUUCGUUUAUAAUAAAUAGAAUAAUAAAAUGAGGACGAUGAUGUUUCGACUAGCAAAAGUCUUAAAUUCUUUUUGAGACAGAAAUUAAAGUUAAAAAUAGCUAAUAGCAACUUCGAUUUAGCUACAAAUAAAAGAUGA